GUUUAGGCUGUAGGUGAUAUUGGAUGAAAUGUGCAACCUGCAAUUGGGAAAUUCAAUGUUGAACAAAUGGGACAAAUGCCCGCAGGGAGCUUCAGCUGUUGCUUUCGCUGGCCUGUUCUUAUCGAUAACAUUGCCCUGCUCAUUCAUCUGAUUUCCAAUCACACCCGAGAAUUGCCGGCGCCAGUGUCCCGGCAUCGUUUUGGAUGUUUCUAAGAUCAUGAUCAGUUGACUCUACUGUUGUUGCGCGGGCUAGUUGUGAGGCUUCCUGAACCGAGACAACUCAGCGCAUUCCAAUGGCAGCCGAUAGCACAGAACCGCAGCCUACCAGCGUGCCGGCCGCGGACGGUGCUGUGGCUGGAACCACGGUCGAGCCGCCAAAGAAAUUUCCCAAAGGCGUUGUCCUCGGCAAGGACGGGAAGCCUUGUCGCUCCUGUACCUCCUUCGCAGCCUGGGCCUCGCAGACCAAAUCCUCACUCAACACCACAGCAACAACAACACCAACCCAACCUCAAAAAGACUGCCCGCCAGACGUCGAGACUCUCGGACGAAGCACUUGGACCCUCCUGCACUCAAUAGCGGCGACGUAUCCGCCCGCGCCGACUCCCAAGGAGCAGUCCGACCUCAAGAGCUUCAUGCGCCUGUUCUCCAGGCUCUACCCGUGCUGGGUGUGCGCCGAGGACUUCCAGGCGUACAUGCAGAAGCAGGAGGUGAGGGCCGGGAGCCGGGACGAGUUUGGGAACUGGCUGUGCGAGGCGCACAACGAGGUGAACAGGAAGCUGGGGAAGUCGACGUUUGAUUGUGCCAAGUGGGAGGAGAGGUGGAGGACGGGGUGGAAAGAUGGGAGGUGCGAGUGAUUGGCGGCCAUGGGAGGAUUGUUUCGGGGAUCUGUACAAACCAUGAGUGGGACUUCGGUUGGAUGAGACGGAGUUCGGCGUGGUAUGUGUAUGGCGUGAGACCCCUAAUUUCUUUCUCUCUCUUUUGAUCAUAUUUAGCUUUCCAACUCAUCAUCUCUUCACAGUUAUUCGGGCAUGUUGAAAAAAAUAGAGGCAUCAACGCGAUUGGCAUCAUUCGCACGCACCGUGGCACGAGAG